UCUGGAGUUUUGAUGGUGAUACCGUUCAAUUCAAGCUUAAUCUAAUAAACGGCCGGUCCCCAACAGCUCCCCGCUCCCCGCCCCCUGCCCCCUGCACCUCCCGGAGCUCCAAGAGAGCUGGCGUGGGCCUUGGCGUGGGCAAGGUGGUUGCCUCGUUGGGCAGACUAGACCGACCGCUCGAGGGUGCGGGCUCCGCGCGGUCGGCUGCUCCAGGACAGUCGGGGGAGGCUUCUUGCAGGAGGGAGGCUUCCGUCCGAGUCUUGAAGAAAUGGCAAGAUUUGGAUACCGCGAGAGGAAAUAGCGAGCUGGCAGGGGACUAGCCAGGACAAAGGCCCAGAGAUAGUCGCAAUGGGGGAGCCUUGGCAUCGAAAUAUCUUCUAGAGCUCGAGUGGUUCCAAGGUUGCCCGGUUCCCUUAAGUAGCUGGAGAAAAAAAUUGGGAGGGCAAUCAAAGCUCCUUAGAGGAAAGCCAGAGCCGGGAGGGCUUGGCGGCAGGUGAAUCUCGUUUUCCCGCGAUGGGCGGUGAUGAUGGUAACCCAGGUGGAGACCCUGCACAGCCUCGGAAGCUAGUGCAGCUCAGGAGGAGAAAGGACGUCAAAUUAGGGCGCUGCCCGCUCUCCUGUGCGAACGCGGCCGCCACCUUCCCGGACGGCUGGGGAACCGGGUCCGAGCGCGUCCCCUCCGGGCACCAUCCCGCGGCGCGGGUGGGGCCGGUCUCCCGUCACACCCUCGUCAGCCCCCCUCCUCCCCUCCUCCCCCCCUCCCAGCAGUUCCCGCGAGCCUCCGGGCGCCUGGCUUGUCAGGAUCCCUCCCUCCCCACCGGCCUCGGGGCUCGGGCUCGGGCGCCGGGGCCUUGGGGCGGGUCCCUGCAGCCCGCACCUGCCCCCGUGGGCGGAGCGCGGCGGCGACGCGCUGCCCCAGCCUCUGCCACCCGCCGCGCUAGCCGCGCGGCUCUCCAACACCCCCGCCCCGCCUGCUGCCGGCGCACCUCCGCUCCUCGGUGCCCGUCCUCCCUCCGCGAGCGGUCGGUCCGUCCCUCUGCCGGUCCUGAGCCGCGGCGCCUCGCACUUCUGACUCGAGUCCCCGCCGCCUCGCGCCAUGGAGCCGGCCGCGGGCAGCGAGCGCCGCAGCCCCCCGGGCCCCGCGGUCCCAGCGCCGCCCCGGGGCCACGAGCCCUCGGCCGCCGUCCUCGGCCCGGGCCCGCAGAGCUACCCAGCGCGAGAGCCGCCCAAGCCCGACGAGGAGCGGCAGCUGCGGAUCAGCGAGAGCGGCCAAUUCAGCGACGGGCUGGAGGAUCGAGGCUUACUAGAAAGCAGCACUCGACUCAAACCUCACGAAGCCCAGAACUACCGAAAGAAGGCGUUGUGGGUCUCCUGGUUCUCCAUUAUUGUCACCCUGGCCCUGGCGGUGGCUGCCUUUAGCACCCGUGUCUGGUUAAAAUACCUUCUUCAGAGAACUGUGGGAGACCAGUUGCUGACAGAAACGUGAAUGUGUCACAUUCUCUUGGAUUUUUCCCCACUCUACUUUUGGUGUUUUAUCAGUUGGUUCUACAAGAUAACAGUGAGGGUGAUUAUUUUUCAUGACCACUGCCUCAUACAGUACCAAUUAAGUAUGGUCUGUUCACCUCAAAUAUAUGUAUGAUACGAUAUGAUUCCACGUAUGUGAAAUAUCCAGAAGAGGCAAAUGUGUGGAGUUAGAAGGUUCAUGAAUGGUUGCCUUUGGCUGGGGGUGUUGGGGGACAGUGAGAGGUGACCCUCAAAGGUAAGGAGCUUCUGGGGUGAUGGAAAAUGUCCUAAAAUUAAGUGUAAUGGCUGUACAGCUCUGAAUACACUAAAAACUAUUGAAUUAUACAUUUUAAGUCAGUGAAUAUGGUGUGUAAAUUAUGUUUCAAUAAACUGAAAAAAAUAUGAAUUAUGUAUGUCUACUGCAGUACUAAACAAUGCAGUUAAUACAUAACCCAUUGGAAGGACAUGUCCCUUAAAGAGAGAAUUCCUUAUGCAUAAGAAUGCAUCUAGUUGUGAGAGAUUUACAUUUCUUUUUUUUCUUUUUAUUAAUUUUUUAAAAAAUGUUCAUUUAUUUUUGAGAGAAAGAGAGAGAGUACAAGCAGCGGAGGGACAGAGAAAGAGGGAGACACAGAAUCUGAAGCAGGCUCUAGGCUCCGAGCUGUCAGGACAGAGCCCGAGGUGGGUCUUGAACCCGUGAACCACAAGAUCAUGACCUGAGCCAAAGUCAGCCGCUGAACUGAAGGAGCACCCAGGUGCCCCUGUUUAUUUGAAGCAUAAGUGGAGAGCUACUCAGUGGAGUUGGCUGGCUUGUGAAAGGCAACUGUUAAAUUUUCAGGAUUUUCGUAAACUGGUGACAUCAGGUUGAUAGCUUGAAAACGGCAGCUCUGUGGACUGUCUGCUGGUAAGUGGUGAUUGCGUUGGCAUGGUCUCUUGCUUUUGAGAAAGAAGACAAUUUGAUUUCCCAGAUCCUGAGAGCAGAUUUUUUCAUGAGCAUCGUUCUCUCACUUAGAGGCUGCCCUACCUGCUGUGAGCUCUCCGUGAAAUUUGUAACUGGAACUUGUGAAGUUAAGGCACAGAAUCCACUUUGUUUGUUAUUCAUCUUCUUUAAUUAAUUCAAUCUGAUUUAGGCUUAUAUACCUAAAAGUCAUUUUUUUUCCAGACAGGAAAUAUCUGAAUUAUUCAUAUUUUUCCCAUUAUGAACCGUGCAUAUUGGUCCCUUGAGAAAUCAGUGCAAUAUAUCUUACUGCUGUUCCUAUGUGUGAGUUUGUCAACAGCUCUCAGUGAGAUUAGUAAUUAGACAGCCAGCCACACUGGAAACUGUGCAGAUAAUAGAGGGUUUGGGGAAAUCUCAGGUGAUACAGGCAGCCAAAGUUUAAAUCCAGAUAGAAUUCUCUGCACACCUACAUGGUUCAGAUUUCUUUCAAUGGUUAUUUUUUUUAUUAAGAAGAGUAGCAGGAUGAUAUGUUUCAUAAAUUUUACUAAAAUUUGUAUGACUUUUUUCUUUGUGCAACGACCAAAAUGAAAUUUUGACAUGAAAUUUUUCUGAGAGUCUUUUCUUCAAAUGGAAAUGUAUUCAUGUAUUUAUUUUUGAUAAUGCAUAUUAUAAUUUUUUUAAUGUUUAUUUAUUUCUGAGAGAGAGAGAGAGAGAGAGAGAGACUGAGUGUGAGCAGGGGAGGGGCAGAGACAGAGGGAGACACAGAAUCUGAAGCAGGUUCCAGGCUCUGAGCUGUCAGCACAGAGCCUGACACGGGGCUUGAACUCACGGACUAUGAAAUCAUGACCUGAGCCGAAGUCAGACGCUUAACUGACUGAGCCACCCAGGCACUCCUGAUAAUACAUAUUAUAAAAUACAGUUAGCACAUGGAAAGUAAAAGCUGAUGCUUAAUCCUGUCCUCAGAGAUGAAGAAGAGAUACUUUUGAAUGAAUUGUGAUGAUCCCUGUGAUGUGUAGUGUAUUAAGUGAAAAAGGCAGAUUAGAGAACAUUGUACACAGUAUCAUGUGAUUGUGCAGAAAGUAUACCCCCAAAUAUGGAAGAAUUUCUGCCCUUGACAAAAGUGUGUGUAAGCGUGUGUGUGUUCAUAUGCACAUGCACAUAAAUAAGCAAAUAGAGCAAUCUUUUCCUUCCUCAUAGAUGUGAAGUACUUCAUUAUAUGUAGGGACCAUAAUAUAUUUAACCAGGCUCCUAUGGAUGGAUGCUGAGAAUAUCACAGCUUUAGAAUUCUAAUACUAUGUAACUAGAAUACACAACAACAUUGGUUUGUAUAGUAGUUUGUAUUAGUUUGCAAUUGCUGCUGUAACAAAUGACCACAAAUGUGGUGGCUUAGGAAUACAAAGUUACUAUCUUAAAUUUCUGGAGGUCAGCGGUCCCAAACCUGCUUCAGUGGGCUGAAAUCAAGUUGUUGACAGGACUGUGUUCCUUCUGGUGGCCCUGGGGAGAAUGUUUUCUUGCCUUUUCCAGUUUUUACUGGCUGUCUAGAUUUCUUUGCUUUCUUUUUUUAAACAUUUAAAAAAAAUUUUUUUAAUGUUUAUUUUUGAGACAGAGAGAGACAGAGCAUGAACAGGGGAGAGUCAGAGAGAGAGGGAGACACAGAAUCUGAAGCAGGCUCCAGGCUCUGAGCUGUCAGCACAGAGCCCGACGUAGGGCUCGAACCCACGGACCGUGAGAUCAUGACCUGAGCCGAAGUUGGACACUUAACCGACUGAGACACCCAGGUGCCCCUAAACAUUUUUAAAAAAUGUUUAUUUUUGAGAGAUACAGAGCGUGAGCAGUGGAGGGGCAGAGAGAGAGAGAGAGAGAGAAAGAGAGAGAAUGAAUGAAUGAAUGAAUGAAUGAAUGAAUGAAUCUGAGUCAGGCUCCAGGCUCUGAGCUGUCAGCACAGAGUCCAAUGCAAGGCUCAAAUCCAUGAUCCACAAAAUCAUUACCUGAGUUGAAGUCGGACACUUAACCGACUGAGCCACCCAGGUGCUCUUCUGGUGGCUGUCUAGAUUUCUUGACUUGGGGCCUGCAUCCAGCCUGCAAUCCCAUCACUGCAAUCUGCUUGCAAUGUGAUCCCUUUCUAUGACUCUUCUACCUCCCUGUUUGCCUAGUGGGGACUCCUGUGAUGACCCUGGGCCCAAGUGAAUUAUCCAGGAUAAUCUCCCCAUUUGAAGAUCCUUCGUUUAAUCACAUCUACAAGAUCCUGUUGGCCACUAAGGUAACAUCCUCUCAGGUUCUGGAGUUUAGGGCAUGGCCAUCUUUGAGGGGCUUGAUUCUGUCAACCACAAAAUUUAAGACAAACUGCUAGCUUAGAGUAAGCUUGCUUAUUUUCUAGCACCCAUUUCCAUGUCUGAACUCUUGGUCCUAGGGAGACAGAAAUUAAUGGUGUAGUUUUUUGCUUUUCAGCAGGUUUCAGAGCUUUGAAAGGAGAAGGGGACUCAUGAAACAAUGGGGGAUGCUAGAGGGUCAUUCUAGUACAAGGCAAAAAAAGCUAGAAAUGAAGGUAGUGGGUAGUUGGAGGCAGACCAACAAGUGCUUGUGUGAGCUCAUGCGUGCAUUUUCCCGUGGAGCGGGUCUAUGAUGUUUAUCAGAUUUGCAGUGGGGUCUGUGAACUCAGCGUUCAAUGCCACAGCUGUGGUCGAUGAAACCUCAAAGGACUUUACUUAGGGAAAUGACAUGAUUAAAUUUGCAUUUUGGAAAACCAGCCCGGGGUGGAAGAGGGGAGAGGCUGAGACAUCCUUAAGAGAUCCCUGCAGUGGAGCCAGGGAUGAUGAGGUUGGACAGGUGACGGAACAGAGCAGCAGUACUGGUCUGCAGGAGAUAAGGGAGGUAGAACUGACAGAACUUCAAUGACAUUGGCCGAGGAGGGUGGAGUUGUGGACGAAUGAAGGCCCUGUUCAUUGCCUUAGGGAAUAUAGGAUGAUGAUCAGGAGUGGGGGUCAUUGUGGGGUGAGAGGGAGAUGAUAAAUUGAAUUUUGUGUAUGUUCAUGUCAUAUGGGCUAUAGGACAUCCACAUGGAGGUGAGUAGUAUAUAAUAAAAAGGCAUAGAGAUUUCUAGAAUAUACAGGUAUAGAUAUUCCUGAACUGUAUUUCUGUAUUUUAAAUUCUUCCUACUGGUACCCAUCACUCUGCCCCUCUACAGUAGCAUUUAACCUUUAAAAUGAGCAGGACCUAGGUUAGGAAUUAAAAAAAAAAAUGUUUAUUCAUUUAUUUUGAGAGAGAGAGAGAGCGCGCGCACGAGUGAGCAUGAGUGGAGGAGGGGCAGAGAGAGAGACAGAGGGAGAGGGAGAGAAUUCCAAGCAGGGAUUCUUCGCAUUGAUAGUACAGAGCCUGAUCCCAUGAACCUCGAGACCAUGACCUGAGCUGAUCAUGACCAGAUUCACACAUUCAGCUAACAGCCACCCAGGUGCCCCAGGAAGUUUUUUCAGACAGUAGCCACAGCUAACAAAUUUUGUGUGCUUUUGUAAUUUGGUUUUGUACUUUUCACAAACCAAAUUUCAUUUUAUCCUUAGAGCAGUCAUGUGAAGGGUGGUGCUGGGUGAACUGUAACUGCCUUGUGACAGUAAUGAUAAUAAAUAAUGAUUAUAGAUAAUAUAUAUUGAGCAUUUACCAUGCCAAAAUAGGUUCUGAGAUUAUCAUUAUUUAUUAGCUUGAUUCAUUCUCACAAUAGCCCUAUAAGAUAGUUUAUUAUUCCAUUGUGCAGAUGAGGCAGUGAAGGUUCAGAGUGGGCUUGAGUAACUUGCCCUAAGUCACACAGUUAGUGAGGUAUGGAGCUAGGCUUUGAACUCAGAGAAUCAAUGUGACUACUAAAGCCUGUGUGAGGCCCAUCAGUGGUGGGGCUCAGGCUGUAUUCAUGAUUAUCAGCCCAUUUCCUGUGCCCCUUCUACUCUGCCAUGCUGUCUCUCCAAGGAAGUGAGAGUUAAGUGAGCUAUGUGGGGGAAGUUAACAACAUUUCUGUUAGAUAGCCAGUUCUGGGGAGAAGAGACCUCUGGGAGAGGGUGGGAGGAGAGUGUCAGCAAGGAGCAGAGAGUAGCCACAUUCCUGGGGUCUGCAGCAUGAGGGAGGGGGUCUCAGUCACCAGCUAUGGGCAGAGGGGUUGAUUUGGAGCUUUAGCCCAGGGUGGUCAGUCAGUGUUCUCAGGUUUAGGCUGGGGAGAGAGAGAUGUCAGGCACAAGGGAGGGAGUGCAGCUCUUUGGGUAUCUGUGACUGGAUCCAAAAUAGUUUUGGAAGAAUUGGUGAUAGAUCCUAGGACCAGGAGUCAGGGAGGGUUGGGUCUCUUUGCUACUUGGGCUGGCCUCAGACAGUGUCUGGGCUCUUGGGAAUCAACUUAAGUUUCUCUGGCCCUGUUUUAUUGGCUUUGCUAGUUGUGAGGAUUCUGAACAGCAGGUGGGACUUGGAGCCUUUGGGAACCUGAGCUCUGUGGGUCUGAUGCCAGUCUUUGCAUUAUUUGCUAUUGCCCUUUGUUAUGGGUCCACAGACUGCUGGUGAGGAAGGAUGGGGACACCAUCUCAGUCAAAGGGCUGCACACAGGGCUUGACAAGACAGAAAUCAUCCCCAGAGGGAAGCCUUUGCAAAUAAUGUGGUGUUCAGAGGGAAGACCUUUCACAGGACAAGGCACUGAGUUCCUAGAUUUGUGUCAAGAUGCAUAAACUAUUAGGAAGAAGGGAUCAGUGAUGGAAAGAAAAAAAUGAACCAUUCUGUUUUGUUUUCUCCCCUUCCUCUACGUUAAUCUGUUCUGUUCCUUCAGUUCCACAUAUGGGUAAAAUCAUAUGGUAUUUGUCUUUCUCUGACUGACUUAUUUCACUUAGCACAAUGCAUUCUGACUCUGUCCACACCAUUGCAAAUAGCAAGAUUUCAUUCUUUUUCAUGGCUAAGUAAUAUUCCACUGUAUAUAUAGACCACAUCUUCUUGAUCCAUUCAUCCAUUGAUGGACAUGUGGGCUAUUUCCAUAAUUUGGUUGUUGUUGAUAGUGCUGCUAUUAACAUUGGGGUUCUGUGGCUCUUUGAAUCUGUAUUUUUGUAUCCUUUGGGUAAAUACCUAGUAAUGCAAUUGCUGGGUUGUAGGGUAGUUCUAUUUUUUAACUUUCUGAGGAACCUCCGUACUGUUCUCUGGAGUGGCUGUACCAGUUUGCCUUCCCACCAACAGUGUAAGAGGGUUCCUCUUUCUCCACAUCCUCACCAACAUCUGUCUUUUCUUGUGUUGUUAAUUUUAGCCAUUCUGACGGGUGUGAGGUGGUGCCUCAUUGUGGUUUUGAUUUGUAUUUACCUGAUGAUGAGUGAUGUUGAACAUCUUUUCAUGUGUCUGUUAGCCAUCUGGAUGUCUUCUCUGGAGAAAUAUCUAUUUAUGUCUUCUGCCCAUAAGAGACUCUUAAUCAUAGAGAACAAACUGAGGAUUGAUGGAAAGAGGUGGAUGGGGGGUGGGCUAAAAUGGCUGACGGGUAUUAAAGGAAGGCUUUUGUUAGGAUGAGCACUGGGUGUUACAUGUAAGUGAUGAGUCACUAAAUUCUACUCCUGAAACCAUUAUUACACCAUGUGUUGACUAACUAGAAUUUAAAUAAAAACUUGAAACAAACAAAAAAAAAGGGAAGAAAUGAAUCAGAAUCUCACAGACAGAUAUUUUGUUAAUGCAAGCACUUAGGUGGUGUUGGUUUCAAAGUCCUUUAAAAUCGGGGACUUUAAUGUCAAGUAAUUGACUCUUUAUGGAAAGGUUUCCAGUUACAAAUAGGGAGCAGGUGAUCUCAGAUUCCAGCCAAACUCAGUUAAAAGGGCUUUGGUUUUCUGAAAUGGAACCUCCCUACUCCCAUGACACACCCCUUUCUCUUCCCAGCUUUGGCCUCAGCUCAUUUUAAUAAUAAGCCUUUCUUCCCCUUACAUGUCAUUUGCCAUUGUUAUGCACAGCCAUUGGAUUCCAGCAACGGUAGCCGAUUCAGUGAAUGUCACCAGUCCUGUUGUGUUGUUCUUUAUUAAUAAGUGAGCCUUGGUUUUUAGAGGUCUGCUCCAUCAGUGGGGUGUCACUGGAGAAGAAGGGUGGUGUAAGGGCAAGAAUAUUCAAAAGGCAGUGGGAAGGUCCAAAUUUUGUCCAGCUCUACCCUUCCCCCCACUCCUCCCUGGCUCUGGGUCGCCCUUGGGAAACACCGUAGGGUCAUAUGCUUUUAGCUACAGGGAUUGCCUAACUCCAGUUGGAGAUGCUUCAAGGUCUAUCAAGAAAUCUUGAAAGAAGUAUUGUGAAAUUCUCAACAUGUUGAAGUAAAAAUUUAAACACUUAUGUAUGAAGAUAGAAGUGCCAUUAUUUUACUGGAGAUUGAGUUGUGAAAUGAAACACUGACAAGAUGUUCUAAACCUACCACAGAGGAGGUAAAUUGCCAUCUUGGGAAAAGGGGCCAUGUCUUCUAAAGGUCCUGUGUUCCAGUCACUGUGGCUGCAUAAAAGCAUAGUGGCUUAAAAACAAUUCACAAGGUUUCUGUGGGUCAGGAAUUUGGGAGCAGCUCAGCUGGUUUUAUCCCAGGGUCCUUGGUGAGGCUGUCUUCAGAGAAUUGCUAGGGUUUGGGUCAUCUUGAAGCCUUCUUUACUCACAUGUUGAGGGUCUAGUCAGGGAACCCUUGAAAAACAGGGAGCUGGAACAAACGGGGCUCCUUGGACAUCUCUCUCCACCCUUUCAUUGUCUGUCCGUGUCUUCUCUCUAGCAUGGUGGCUUCAGGGUCACCAGACUUCAUCUGUGUUGGCUCAAGACUCUGAAGGUAUGUGUCCCAAGAGAGAACCAGGUGGAAGCUGAUUUGCCCUGGACGCCCCUGCUUCAAAAGUGGUGCUGCAUCUCUUUUGCAUUCUUUUGGUUGAAGGAGUUACAAAGAUCUGCCCAACUUCCAGGGAGGAGAUUUAGACCCACCUGUCAAUGAGGAGUGUCAGGGUUACAUUGUGGGAUGUCCACACAGAAGGGGAAAGAAAGUGGUGUAGCCGUCUUUGGAGACUACAAUCUGCCACACCCUAGGAUAGGGAAUUUUGUUCAAAGCUGACUUACUAAAGCUGACGGGCUUUGGGACAGUAGUAUUAGAGUCUUCUUUAGUUGCUUCCCUUUGGAGGCGGUCAGAAGCGAGAGCAAGAAGAAAAGGACAUGGAGGUGGCCAGAGCUUAUGACUCUUGACACUUCUUUGCCCGGUGAUUGGAGGACAGAGCUAGACUUUGGAAGUCCUUAGUGGCCAUUGACCAAGCAAAGACUUUCUGAAGGGAAGAAGCAGCUUAGAACACAGGAACAGCCUUCAAAAGGGGUUAGUAUUAGCUCUGGGGAGGGACUUUUGGUCCUUACAGUGCCAAUAUAUCCUGAAAGUGAUCAAAAGACUUUUCAUUCAUUGCCACCAUCCUGUUCUUCAGAAGUGAGGGAGAGUAGCCUGAGGCUCUGCUCUCACAGGAUACUGCUGUGGUUAGGAAGUGGCCACGGGUGCCCUGGCCUCUUGUUUGAUUCCCUCCUUGGUCAUGGUCUCUUUGAUGUAGAACACCCUGGAGGUUGUGAGCCAGUGUGUUUCUCGGUGUAAGAGUUUCUUUAGGAAAUGUAGUUCGGUAAGUGAAGUGGAGAAAUGGCAGUAGGUGGUUGAUUUUGGUCGUGCCCGUGUGAAGCAGACAUGGGCUCAUCCUGCCUCCAAAGGAAAAUGAUGUAUACAUUUAACCCCCUUUGUAGGCUAUUUUGUGGUUGGCUUCUUUGGGGAUCAGUCAUUUCUUUGAAACAAAUUAACUAUGCACUUACCAUGUGGUAAGCCCACAUUAUGAUGUGAAAAAGAGAAAGGGCUCCUGAAGGCCCAUAUUUUACAACUAUGUUCUUUAAUCCUAGUGAAAGAGGAACCAGAAAUGGCCAAAAGGACUCCCCCCAGAUGAGUGAGGAUCUGCUCUCUGGGCUUUGAGGACUUGAAUUUUGGGUCUGAGUAUUUGGAAGAAUGUUAAUGGCAAUGAGCAAGAGAUGGGGCUCUGUAGACCCCAUCCCUACAUUCUCUUCCCCUCUGAAUUACCUGGCCAAGAGGAAGACGUGUCCAAUAGUGAACACAGAUGGAAACUCUGGGCUUGUUCCAGGAGAGGGUUGUGUGCUGACUGGGGAUGGGUGGUACUAUGGCCAUGGCUUACAGGUUUGAUGGGCUAUUGUGGGGAAUAAGCUUAGGAAUUCCCUGAGCUUAGUCCCCAAGUUUCCCACUUUGAAGCUUAUUCCCACAGGCUAUUCUUUUUGGUUCAGGUUUUUCAUUUUUUGUGCUUACUAGUUUUGUUUCUCCUGCCAGUUGCUACUUUUGGGCCACGUCUUUCUUUGGUUGUGGAGGUUUGGUUCCUCCUCCCUUCUGAGUCUCUCAGCCUCAUUGCUUUUACAGAUAUAGAAAAUGAGGCCUGGAAGGGCUGCGUCCACAGCCCAAACCUUCCAGCAGCUACUCCAGAGCUUUGUCCAUUAGAACAGCCUACAUUCUUCCAACUCUGUGGUCCAAAAAUUUGCUAGAAGAAAACUUUGUAGAUGUCACUGGAUGUGUUUGGGACAUAUUGGUGGAUUUAGACCACUGGAUAGGUUUUUCUUCCCAUCUCAGGAGAUGUAAUGAUUAACUGUACAUAGUGUGACUCAUUAAACAAAUAAUACUCUAACACUGUAGCUGAACAAGUGUUACCUUCCAAGUAGUCACUUUGGGAAAUGUCACACAAUGUUAUCUUUGCUUAAAAUAUAUUUUAAACUUUUGCAGAUACCUUAAGAAGCUAUUAAAUGUUUGAAUUAGUUGAAAUACAGGUUCAGUUGCUGUAAGAGAUGCCAGAUAGUUGUGGCUUAAACCUGUAGCCUGGCCUUAAGCGCUCUGAGUUUGCUAUGAUAGCUCCAUGAUAUCAAAGACACUGUUUCCUUUCUUUUUGCUCUGUUUACUCAUGGACAUGUUGAUCAUGUCCAUGUGGUUAGAAGAGGUUUCCACAUUUCACAUUCCAUGGCUACCACAUCCACAUGCAUACCUGUUUGAAGGGAAACAGGGGAGCAGAAGGAUUAUCCUUUUCUGUUUCAGAAACACCUGGAAGAUGUGGUUCUCCCUCAGAUCUCAUUGGCCAAAACUUCUUCACAUGGCCAUCCCCAGCUGCAGGGAAAGCUGGAAAUGAAAUCCUUCUUGAUACCAUGUGCCCAGCUAAAAACUGGAGUUGUUACUGUAAAAGAAGGAGGCAAUAAAUAUCUGAGGAUAACCAACAGCCUCUGUCCCAAUAUUAUUUUUGAUGAUUCUCAGAAGGAGCAUAUCAUUGGGUGUGGGUUUGACUUUUGAGUAUCAUUUGGCCCUUUGAGCCAAGUCUGAUGAAUAAGGAUGUUCCAGCACUGGUUGUGCUCCUCCUAGUAUAAACAAGGGGCAAGCAUCAGUGAUGAAUGGCUUUUUCUAGCGUGGCUCAUAUACUGGUUCUGAGAGGUACAAUAUCACAGAGGGGCGUUGGUGAUAUUCAGAAGAGUGGCAGCUUUGACAGAAGACCAUAUCCCAGGAUGACAUCUCAGAGGGAGAACGCUCACAGGUGUGAGUCCUGGUUAACAGUUAACUUUUACUAGGUACUUACUUACUGUAUGGUAGACAUCCUUUGUUACAUAGGCUAUCUCAUUUAAUCCACAUAAAAUCCUUAUGUGGGAGGCUAAUGCUAUUUUAAUCUCCUUUUCAUAGAUUAGGAACUGGAAUAAGUUGCCCAAGGUUAUAAAAUGAGGAAGUGGUGGAAUAGGGUUUUAAACCCAGGCACACUGGCCCCAGAGUUCCUGUUUUUAGUCUUGAGUGAAACUCUCCCCACUGGACAGUAAAACUUUGUAGCAGUGUUCACCCCCUUGUUCCAGAACAGUAAUAGCCCAACUUUUAUCAUCCCUUGCCCCGUAACCUGGCAGGAGCACAGAGGACUCCUUCCUGAAGACGGUCAAUGUAUCAUGGCUGUGCUGAAGGUGGAGACCAGGAAAACUCUUUCAGGGCAGCGGAAGAGGUGUAGGUGAAAGCAGAAACAAGAGUGGAUUUUGAAGAAGUAGUUUAGUAAGUUUGGAAGUAUAUAGUCUAUGUGGGAGUGGGUAUGGGUGAAGAGUGAGAAAUUAGGCUUCAGAGACUAGGUCCCGUGACAGAAAAAAACUUUAUGUCUGAUAAUUUAUAGAUGAUACAGUGAGAUCUCAGAGGAAGCUACUCAUUAAUUUUUGUCAAUAAAGGCACCUCAUCAAGGAGAAGGCUUCUGUUGAUCAGAGCAGGGCAUAUGUGUUCAGCUACUUUAAGUAAAAUAAUAAUAUUAGUAGCAGAUGUUUGGUGAGUGCUUUCUAUGAACCAGGCAGAACAUAAACACAUCAUCUCACUUAAUGCUGUCUAUAGUGCUUUGAGGCUGGCGGUGUUCUUCCCAAGUUGUAGAUGCAGAAACUGGGACACAGGGAGGUUAUGAGACUGGCCAGACCACAGGACCAGAGAAUGGCAGAGCCAGGUUUUGAACUCAGUUCUGUAACCACUUUGCUGUGCUCUUUCCUGCUCAAGGAGUUAAAGAGAAGGGAAGGAGCUGGUGUGGUGUGUACUCCCCUUGUAGUGUGCUGUUUAGAAUUGUCAUCAGAUCUUCCAGGGCGCUGUUUCUACAGACCUUGAUCUUCCAAGUGGCAUUAGGUAUGGUCAGGGAUAGACGGAGUGCAGGGUUCCCAAAGUGUGAACCCCAGCCAGCAGUUCAUCACUGGCUGAAUUAGUUUCCUGUAACUGCUGUUAUCAGUAUCAAAACUUAGUGGCUUCAGUUGUAUUUUCUUACAGUUCUGAAGGCCAGGAGUCUGAGCCGGUUCUGAGGGUGCUAAAAUCAAGGUAGCAAGGCUGGCUCCUUCUGGAAGCUCCAGUAGAGGGCCCAUUCUUGACUCUCCAGCAUCUGGCGGCUGCCAGACUUCUUUGGCUUGAGACUGCCUUAUGGCAGUCUCUGUUCCUCGUUGUCACAUUGCCUUCUCAUCUGUCAUUGAACCUUCUUCUGCUUGCCUUUCAUUAGGGCCCUUGAGAUUGUAUUUAUGACCACCAGAGAAUCUGGAGUAAUCUCCCCAUCUCAGGAUGCUUAACUGAACCACAUCAGCAAGGUAACAAAUAUGGGUUCCAGGGAUAAGGACCUAGAUAUCUUUGGGGGGGCAUUAUGCAGCUUGCACACCUGGGAAUUUGUUAGAAACAUAAAUUCUUACACCCCACCCCAGAUUACUGAAUCUAGAAACUCUAGGUAUGGGGCCAACAAUCUGAGUUUUAAUGAGCCCCUUAGAUCACACUGUGGAUGCUGAAGUUGGCAUUGAGCCCACGCAGCUCAGCUUUUACUUGGAAACUGUCCACUGAGUCAUGGGCUGAGAAAUGGUAGUUAAAGCUUUGUGCAUCUUGUGUUGUCCUUGAUUCAUUUCUCCUCAAGGAUAUAAAGUGGUAACAAGAACCAGGAUGCAUUAGCCAUGAUGAGAACCUGUCUUUGCUGCUCACAAGGAAAGCUAGUCUGAAAACUCCAGACCUGGUUUUAGGAAGGCAUCAGGGCACAUGGGUCUAGAUGAAAAUGCCACGGGACAGGUGGGGGAAGAGAAGAGCUAUGGAACAAAAAUGGGAGAGAUGACAUUGUUUGGUCCUUCAGACAAGACCAUGCCUGCAGGGUCACUGAAGGUCAGCAGAUUGUCCAGGUUGGGAGUGCACCUGUUGGGGUGGCCUUGAGGUAGGAAUUCCUCACUGGUAGCUUCCAGAGCAUUGCAUGGUGGAAAGGACGAGAAUCAGAUGUUGAGAGUCCUAGUGUUGCCACCUAGUAGCUGGGCAUCCUAGACAUGUUGUCUAACGUCCCAGCACCCCCCCCCCCCCACCUCCAGCCAUGGGAUGGAGGUGAUUCCUGCCUUGCAAGGUGGGGGAGGGUGUGUGCAGAGCAUUCAGUGUCUGUGCCAAACAGAAGGAAGAUCAGCACGUUGCUCCUGGUGAUGCUUCAAACUGAGGCUGCAGCAGGGACAUCAGGCUGAAAGGGCUCAUGGUGCACUAAUUUAGAGCACUUGACCACAGCUUCUAAGAUGUUUCUCUCCAGAUCCAUCCCAGAACAUAAUGCAGUACUGGUCUGAAGAGCCAAAGCCAGAGCCUCCCAUAGGGGUUUAUUAGCUUUGAAUUUUUAGGAAGUAGCAAGAAGUAAAUGAGGAAUUUUGAAUUCGAUGAGCUUCUGGGACCUCUGCUGAAUUCUGUCCUGCAUGUUUGCCUCACUAACCAGACCAAGAAUCUUGGGGGCCACCCAGCAGGCUUUGGAAUAUUAGGACUAACACAUUUCUAAGUAACGGAAACCAGCCUGAGCUAUCUUAGGUGAAAAUCAGGGCUUAAUCAUAAAGCUUGUUCCUAUAAGAAGAGAUCUAGAAGCUCAGAGCCAGGACCCUAGACCCCUUCAGGCCCUGGAAAGCUCUGGCCAUCAUCUCCCACCUCUCUCAGGGCUCUGCACUGGGCUUCCUUCACUCUCCAGGCCACAGGGUGAAGUAUGGCUGCCUACGAGAGAGGGUCAGUCACACCAAAAGAUGAAGCAGUCCCGCAGAUCUGGUUUGGGGUUUCCAGUCCAGAGAGUCUGACUGGCCCACCGUUGGUGGCUGGUUUGAGCUGUGGUGUCAGCGGUGGCUGGGAGGAUACUGUCACCACCAGGCACCUACUGGAGUGGGUUUGGUGCAUGCUGGUUCCCAGAGAAAGGGGGGUUUUCUCAGCUGGGCAGACAGCCCCAGGGUCUGCCAGGCCUGGCACAGAGAAACCGUAAUUCGGUUAUUAUGUAUAAAGUGUCACUGAAGGUCUUGGAAAGCUUCUCGUUCUCCCUCACUCCUGACAAGGCCGUGAUCUGUUAAGUCUUGGUGCAUUUCAGGUCAGCAAGGCUAAGAGAUUACAACAAAGAAAUUAUGCCCUUUCUCCCUUCGUUUUUUUUCUUUCCUAGGAAAUAAAUAUAAAGGGGAGAAUGAUGACUCACCUCUCAAAUCCCAGAGUGAGUCAGUAUUAACAUUUUAGUCAUAUUUGUAGCUGGUCUUUUUUUCUGUAUGCAUACAGGAAUUGAAAUUAGAUGAAAAAUUAUCUCAUGAACAGAACAUUACAGAUAAAUCUAAAGUUUUUGAUUACCAUUUCCGUUUUGGCCUUGUCUCCUCCAUAUCUAAAGAUAUCCACUUUUAUGAGUUUGGCAUUUAUCUUUCUUGUACUUUUACUAAACCUUUCCUUACAUCUUUGUAUAUGAAGAGCUCACAUCCUAGCCAGUUCAAAUACCCAUGUUAAAGAAGGAGGAACUAUAUAAUAUGAUGCACAGUGGUUCCAAGAGUGGAGAUUGAAUGGAUGAAAAGUAAUAAACCCAAGAAUACUUUUUUGAAAUACUUGAACAUUUUAUUUCCAACUCUGAGGUCCAUUAAAAACAACAACAACAACACUUGUUAAAAAUCAUGUAAUUCUCCAAAACAUGUACCCCCCCCGCCCCGAAAACUGGGGAUCCUAGCUGGCAAAAUAGUUUUUCAAGAGUGUGUAAGUGUGUGAAUUGUGCACACAUUUGCUUAAUGUCUGAAUGAAAAAAGUUAAAUUUGUUGUGUAGAAUUUAAAUGGGUUAUAUAUUAUAAACGACUCCCUGAGGGCAUCAUAAGCCUCUUGAAACUUUACAAAUGUUGCUGUAUCCCACCUGAAAGAUUCAGGAGCCAUAACAUUGAACCUUGUUUGGAUUUGGUUGCAUGAACUUCAUCUAGAUCUGCUGUAAAAAACCCUUAGGAAUGAUGCUGUGUGCCUGCCUGCGUGAAGUCAUUGUUAGGGAAGAGGAAUCUGGUGGCAGAUUUUAUUCACCGGCCUAAUGAAGUAAGUUCUGUGAAUAAGCACAUGGUGAAAAUGAUGCAUAUGUACGUGAAGGUCUUUUUAACAAGGUCUUUUUUAAAUUUCUGAACUGUCAGUAAAAAACUACUCUCUCUCUUUUUUAAAGUGAGUGGGCAGUUGUUUUAGAGAUCUCCAGCAAUACCCCUGGGGAUGCCUGUGCCCAGUUGGUUCAACUGUUCUAAGUGCAAAGCUAGUGAGAGUCUGACUUAGAUUUCUCUGAUGGACUGGUUUCUCUUGCUUGUCUCUGUCAUGAACUGGCUCCACAGUAGACCUCAGGCCUGGCUUUCUAAUGCUGGCUAUGUGUUAGCAGGUAGGCCCCUUUGGAAGACCAGGCAAAUCAGUAUGCCUACAGAGAGACAUCAUAUAGCAUGCACUGCUGAUUUGGGCAUUAGGAAGAUAAUUGCUUUUUAAAUAAAAACAAUUACUUUCAAAAUCAUCUUUGAGAUUUUGAUAUUACCUCCCUCCCCCCAUUUUUUUACCCUUGCAUCCAGUCCGUCUGUGGAUUCUGUUAGCAGUUGUCCAAAACGUUUCCUUCAUCCACCAAUUCCUUGCCAUCUCUGCUGCUUCAGGCCACUGUCCUCUCUUGACUGAACAUUCCCGUGACCUCCCACAAGCCCUGUGUCCAGUCCCUUCCAAGCUGGCUUCCCCCUCCCCUGCCGUAACAGCUAGAUCAUCUCUUUGAAUUAUAAAUGAAAUCUUCCUACUCUGUUCCUUUAUCAUCUUUCGGUGGUCCACCAUUGCCCUUAAAAAUCUAAACUUUUCACCAUGGUUAGUGGUCUGACCCCUGCCAGCCCUCUGGGCCGAUAGGAGCAUUUGGCCUCACUCAUUCCCCUCCAACUGCAGUCACCUUCCCUUCCGUCCCCGCACCCAACCCCCCCCAUGUGCUCAGAUCACUCAUUCACGUCUUGACUCUGGUAUCUCCUCUGCAGAGAGGACUGUCUUGACCCACAUCUAAAGUAGCACCUCCCUGCCCAUAUUACUCGAUUAAAUCACCUUGUUCUGUUUGUUCAUAAACUUGACAUUAUGUGAAGUUUUCUUUUUUUCCUUUGUCGACUUAACUAUUUGUUUCCCUUUGCUUGAAUGUAAGCUCCCUGAGAACAGUGGCAGGGACUUGUCUUUCUCUUGCACCUCAAAGCUUAGAACCAAUAGAAGGCGCAUGGCAAAUAUUUGUGGAGUAAAUAAGCCAACAUGCCAGCAGGAGAUGGUGUGUCCCUGCUGAGAAGCAAGUGAGUUCGCUGCCGCCUCCAGCUAUUUAUGAAGUGUCUUGGAUAGUGGCAUCCUAAGAGCUGCUUCAGAGUCACCCCAUGCUAUAGUCUGAGAGUCAUUAUAGAGUGCAUGCUCAGUAUGGGGGUCGGUGGGGGGGGUCUCAGUUGUCUUCUGGGAUCUUCAGAUUUCAAAGCCUGUUAUCCCCAUUCUUUCUGAAGUAUUUUGAGUUUCUUUGCAAGCCCAAGUGUCAUAAAAACAUGAAGGAUUUUUAUAUUAUCUCCUGCUUUGGACUGGGCACUUCGCUUUUCCUCCAUUAGCAUGAUAGUUGUUUUGCUCAUACUAAUACUCAAAACAAGACCAGGAUAUUUAUUCUGGAAACUUACUAAAAAUACAUAAUUUUUCGGGGUACCUGGUGGCUCGGUUAAGCAUCUGACUUCAGCUCAGGUUAUGAUCUCACGGUUGGUGAGUUUGAACCCCACAUCAGGCUGUCUGUUGUCAGCACAGAACCUGCUUUGGAUCCUCUGUCCCCUUCUCUCCGCCUCUCCCCUGCUCUCUCCCUCCCUCUCUCUCUCUCUC